GUUGUUUUGUUUGAAUGAUGUGAAUUCCUGAAUUGUGGAUUUUUAGAAUAUAAAAUUAGUCAUGGCUCUCAGAAAAGUAUUUUUCCUGACACAGGCAGCCUGUUGUAAAACUGUGAAAUUUCAAACUUCAAAGUUAUUAAGACAAAAUGCGUGGCUUCUGUCAGCGAAUUCCACAAGAUAUUUUUCUGAUAAUAUAGGAGAUAAGAAAAAAGAUGUUAAGGAAACUGAGAAAGUAGACAUACUUGGUCGUUUUUUUCCACAAUCACCUAUGAGUGCUACAGAUGAGCAAGAGGUUAAAAAAGAACAGGAAAAAUUUGAACAAGAACAAAAAGAAAAAUCCCAAGAGAAUGAAAAAAGUUGGAGGAGGAUGAAAAUUGGUUUUGCAGUGUUUGGUGGAGCAAUGACAGUAAUGGGUGGAUGUAUGGUUAUUGAAAUGGGAGCACCACGGCGAGAUGAUGAUGGCAAACCUAUUGAGGAUGAAUUCUCACCAUUGCCAUUGCCAUUGCAAUAUCUACGUCGAACAUGGAAAGAACUUACAUUUUAUGAAAAGAUGAUAAAAGAGCCUUCUCGUGAGAAGCUUCUGCCCGAUCCAUUGCCAGCUCCCUACCAACCUACUUACACACUUGUGCUGGAGUUUACUGAUGUGCUAGUUCAUCCUGAUUGGUCCUACCAGACUGGAUGGAGAUUCAAAAAGCGCCCAGGUGUAGACCAAUUUUUGCAAACUGUUGCUAAUUCUGAUUAUGAGGUUGUUAUUUUCACAUCAGAGAAUGUUUUCAUGAUCUGGCCAGUAUUGGACAAGCUUGACCCCGAGAAUAAAAUGAUUUCAUACAGACUCUUCAGGGACUCCACGCAUUUUAUAGACGGUGUUCAUGUGAAAAAUCUGGAAGGACUUAACAGAGAUUUGUCUAAGGUGAUAGUGGUGGAUUGGAACAAAAUGGCUACAAAAUUCCAACCAGAAAAUGCUCUCAUCUUAAAUAAAUGGAAAGGUGCCGACGAUGACACCGCAUUGCUUGAUUUAGCAAAUCUAUUACAAACGAUCGCAAUGUCGAACGUGGCGGACGUGCGUGAGGUGCUGCGCUACUACAGCCAGUUCGAAGACCCCAUAGCCGCCUUCCGAGACAACCAGCGCCGACUCAUGGAGCAGAUGGCGGAGCGCGAGCGAGACCGCUCCGACACUCCACUCACCGGCUCCUGGCUGCGUCCCUUCACGCGCCGCUAGCUCUUCGGUUUGUGACGUCAUGUGCACACGCGUACACGUACUUUUCUGGAACAGACGAAUCCUGAGUAGUAAAAAAUAUUCAAGUCAUCUUGCAGCUUCAUAUAUAAAUCACUACAUUAUUAUUAUGUAAUUAUAUUAUUUGGAUCUCUCCCUGCCAUUCUUUGCAUUUGAGUUUACUAUUUAUUAUAAAAAUUAUAACUAUGUCCUGUUAACACAAAAAAAACUAUUUUCUUUUCUUUUAACUACUAAUAAGACAAUGCCAAAUGAAUAUAAUUUCCGUACUUAGAGGAUAUGCCAUUGCUUGUUUAAUGAUUUAAGUGCGUGAAUGUCUGUUGAUGUGAAACUGAUUAGUUACUACUUGCUAAUAUUACUGGCUUAGUUUUUAGGUAGGAAUUAUAGACUUGUUAAUGAAAGUUAUUGUUUUAUUUUGUAAAUACAAUAAAAUAAAUACAU